UAGUCAAUCUAGGCCACCUCCGUCUAUUUGGACGACCUCUGUCAACCUAGACGUCUCCGUCAGUCCAGGCUGCCUCCUCGCUGGCGCGACGGCAUGAUGCUUUAGCGAAGAGCGAUACUAGGCGAUUUUAGGCGAUACUAGGCUAUGCUAGGCGAAACUAGGCGAUGCUAGGCGAAACUAGGCGAUGUUAGCCGAUGCCAGGCGAUGCUAGCCGAUGCCAGGCGAUGCUAGGCGAUGCUACGAGACACUAGUAGGCGAUAGCGAGGAGCGACACAGGGAUGGAGAGCGGCAGCAGCAGAUCGCCGAUAGCGCUGGCAGGGAUUGAACCUGUCGGCUUUAGCACUGCUACUUCGGGUGAUGGCAGCGCGACCGCCGCACUGGCAGGGAUAGGACCUAUCAGCGCGAGUGCCGUUAGCGCGAGUGCUGUCGGUAUCGGUAGCGGUACCCCCUUGAAUUCGAUGUCCGAGGCGCCUCAAAAGUCGAGCGAUACUCGAUAUAAGAAGAAGCUCGCGCCGUCGCAGUCGACGGUGUAUGCGGGCAAUCUGGACUACUCACUGACCAACAACGACCUGCACACUCUGUUCGGCGCGUUCGGACAGAUUGCCAAGGUGACAGUAUUGAAGGACAGAGAGACCCGAGAGAGCAAGGGGGUGGCCUUUGUGCUCUAUGUGCGUAAAGAGGAUGCUCUUAAAGCGGUGGCAGCGAUGCACGGCAAGCGCCUGAACGGCCGCACGCUCACAGUCCGCAUCGCCAGCGACAACGGGCGCGCUGCUGAGUUCAUCCGCCGCAAGGAGUACAAGGACAAGAGCUGGUGCUACGAGUGUGGGGAGGCGGGUCAUCUGUCGUACGAGUGCCCCAAGAACCAGUUAGGUCCACGUGAGCGGCCUGUCCCAAAGCGCAAGCGCAAGAGCGAGGGGGGGAGAGGGGCAGGGGGGGCGAGAGGGGGGGGAGGAGGCAUGGGCAGAGGCAGGGAUGGGAAUGGAGGGGGGGAAGCGGAAGGGGAGGAGGAGGAGAAAGAGGAGGCGGAGAAGUUUGAUGAUGAUGAUUGGGCUUCUGCUGUAGCUCCCAGGCACUUCUUACAAUGGGAUGCAGCACCAGCAGGGGCACCCCAGGGCCCAAGGCUGUCGCUCAAGGGCCCGAAGAAACAUCAAGGCUAUUUCAGCGAUGAGAGCGAUGAAGAUUGAUGGGAGGCGGAGGAGGGGCAUGUACUGGUGUACAUAAUAUACAAACACUGGCGGUUUGUAAAGAGCGUGGUCCUAGGAUCCCAUUUCAGACAAACUGUCAACCACAUCUAAUCGCGUUCCCCUUUAGUCAACCACAUCUAAUCAGCUCACAUGGAAGUUGCACUCUAUGAUUUUCGCACGCAUCUGAGUUCCACCUCUUCGCAGAUCGUUUUAGAAGCUUGUGUUUAACAGAAGCUGCACAGAACGAAAUCCUCU